GUAAGCACAGCAGGCAUUCGCAAAUUCAAUGUUUUAUAUUUUAUAGUUUGUUGUGGUUUGUUACUUUCUUUUCAUUGUUGCAAAUGCUUAGUGAUUUUUCUUGUUAGGAAAUCUGCGUGGAUAAUGGAUGUAGAUCGGCAUGUGUUCAAUUAAUAACUUACUAUCCAUGACUGUUGACUUACGAAAUUGCAUUGGGGUGUUGUGAUUCGUGGACGGGCGUGAACAUCCGGAAUAAUUAUAUGAUUUAUAAUUAAUUUUGCUGCCCACACAGUCUUGUGGCGAAACCUUCGUGCGUGAUGGUAGAAAGAAGAUAGUGAUAGAGAUUUGGGAUUCGUUUUGGAUAAUGUCGUUACAGAAGAGCGUGAAGAGUGCGGAGGACCGCGGCGAACAAGCAGACAACGCAUCGAUAUGCUCCUCAGUGACCACGCAGCCCGAUAGACAUGGAUUUUUUGGAGGUGCUCAGUACAGUCCAGAACCCAAGCGGACCGUAUCCCCGAGCACGAUCCUGAAGCGCGAGCAGAAGUGGCUGCGCAUGCUCGACAACUGGGAGGCCUUCAUGAGCAGGAACUACAAGAAGGUGCGCGAGCGCUGUAGGAAAGGCAUCCCGGCGUCGGUGCGGCCCAAGGCGUGGCUGUACCUGUGCGGCGGGCAGCUGCUGCUCGACAAACACCCGCACGACUACGAGGAGCUGCUGCGCGCGCCCGGAGACCCCAAGUGCAUGGACGACAUCCGCAAGGACCUGCACCGCCAGUUCCCCUACCAUGAGAUGUUCAUCCGCGAGGAGGGCCUCGGGCAGCAGGAGCUGUUCUCGGUGCUGAAGGCGUACUCGGUGCUGAACCCCAAGGUGGGGUACUUCCAGGCGCAGGCGCCGGUCGCCGCCUUCCUGCUGAUGCACAUGCCCGCCGUGCAGGCUUUCUGGUGCCUGGUGAGCAUCAGCGACAAGUACCUCAGCGGCUACUACAACCCCGGGUUGGAGGUGCUGCAGCGCGACGGCGACAUCCUGCACGCGCUGCUGCGCCGCACCGCGCCCGCCGUGCACCGCCACCUGCUGCGCCACAAGGUGGAGCCCGUGCUCUACGCCACCGAGUGGUUCCUGUGCGCGCUCACGCGCACGCUGCCCUGGGACAGCCUGCUGCGGGUCUGGGACUGCUUCCUCUGCGAGGGCGUCAAGGUGCUCUUCAAGGCGGCCCUCGUCAUCCUGGCGGGCACGCUGGGCCCCGCGCGCGCGCGUCGCCGCGCCCACGGCCUCUGCGAGACGCUCGAGCUGCUGCGUCACCCGCCGCCCGCCGUGCUGGCCGAGGACUACCUGCUGCAGCACAUGCAGCGUCUCGCCCUCACCGAGGACGACUUCGAGUUUGAGCACCAGCGACAGACAGCUCGCCGCCGCGCCCUGCACGACCGCAGCGGCAGCUGAUUCAGCGAGUGCUCGUACCGGCGGUACUCCAAGAACAACGCGCGCGACCUCUUCCACACGCUGUGAGCGCGCGCCGCCGGCUCGGGCCUCCCCCCACC